AAUCUCUCCUCUUCCCCCUUACUAACCAACCGCAGCAUUUUACUCUUCUUCCUCCCUCUCUCUCUCUCUCUCUCUCUCUCUGCUGUUGCCGAAGAACACCCGCAGAUAACUGUUAAUGGCAACCGACCCACUUCCCCAUCCUCUCCUCACGAUCUCACGCCCCCGUUGCUGAGCCCUCUCCAAUCGUGGGAUCCUCCGGCGGCGGUUCUUGAUCCUGGAAAUGGCCGUUCUUGCCGCCCCGUAGUUCUUCUUGGCCUUCUUCUCAGUGGUGAUGAAGGAAGACGGAGAGACGGCUAUGGAAGACGAGUCUCUAUCCUGCUUCCUCUGCGAAGAGAGCGAAUCCUGCUUGGAUGAUGAAGAGGAGGACACGUUGGUCGGCGUAGAUGGCUCGAACGGGUUCCGUUUCGAUCCCUGCAAUGAGGAAGAGGAGCAGGAGUAUGUCAAAAUGCUGCUCGACAGAGAGAGAGAUUCCGGGUGGUUCCGGCAUGGUGAUCACCGGCCUUCGGGGGAUUGGAUCAAACGCGCCCGUGCCGAAGCCUUCUCGUGGAUCCUCAGAACACAAGCUUUAUUCGGGUUCCAGUUCCAGACCGCGUAUCUGUCGAUGACUUACUUCGAUCAGUUCCUCUCGAAGAGGUCCCCCACUAGAGAAGACAACUGGGCGAUUAGGCUGCUCGCAGUGGCAUGCCUCUCACUGGCGGCAAAAAUGGAGGAGGUUCGCGUCCCGCUGCUCUCGGAGUUCAACACUAAAGAUCACAGCUUCCGGGGCCAAGUAGUACAGGGCAUGGAGCUUCUUGUGUUGAAGACCCUCGAAUGGAGAAUUCGAUCGACCACUCCCUUCCUUUUCCUCCAUUUCUUUGUCUCCAAGUUGAGCAGUCAUCCUCUCGGAACCGAGCUCCUCCCGAAGACCAUUCAACUCAUCCUUGGAAUAACCAAAGAAAUUGAUAUAUUCGACCACCAACCUUCGACGAUAGCAGCAGCUGCGGUAUUAGCCACUUCAUUUAAUGAAAUAACAAAGGAGGUGUUGGGGUGUAAAUUGAAUUGCGAUUCUUGCUGUGCUCGUCUCGACGUCGAUGCUGUAUUUACUUGUUAUGGAAUAAUGCGGGGAUUGGACAUGGACAAGUUUUUAAAUGUCGGUCCAACAACUCCACCUGACCCGACGAGCUCGGUCUCUUCCUCGGGGAGUUCUCCCCUCUCUCUCACUUCUUCGGCUGCCAGUAACCGGAAGAGGAAGAGGCUCGCCUUCGAUGAGAAUGACCGAGGAUGCGAAGGACCGGAUGAUAAGAAGUGACACUGCCUAGAACCACAUGGGAACCUUCAAUCUAAUCAUGAAAGAUCAAAUGUCUUCUCAGCAAGAAUCCCCAGAGAAAGAAAGAAAGAAUCAAAGAAGGUUUUUUUUUUCUUUUUUUUUUUGAGUAAAAGGGAAAAAAAGGAAUAAAAAAGAAAACUUUGGGUUGAUUUUAUUACAAGACACAGAGAAAGCUGGCGAAGUCCCACUUAGGAUGGGAGGGUCUUCUGCAGGUUCUGGGAGAAGGGGAACUACAUCUCUGCGCUUUGAUUUUACUUUGCUGGGGCCCCUUUUCUUUCCCUUUUCCUGAUGAGAUUAAUUUGGAUUUAUUGAUUUAUUCACAUAUUUUUAUACUUGAUUUGGGCUGUUUUUGAAGAAUCCGGCAAGGUAGCAACCCUGCAUUUUGGUGGGCUGCUCAUUAAAUUAAUUGAAGAUGGAGGAGAAAAAGGGAGAGAGCUGUGGCUGAGUGAUGUGAUGAAUCAGUUUGGUUGGAUAUUUGGCAACCAGAUCAAUUAUGUAAAAGAUAAAAUGUGAUUGGAUUUGUCUGAAUGUUUGGGGGAUGAUGAACUUUUCAGCGUAGGGGCAGAUCUUUUCUUCUUCUAUGGGAGCUGUCUUGUUUUGUGGGGUUCUUUCUGUGUUUUGUGGGGUUCAAUCUGUGAAAUUCAAGAAACACAACUACUUUGACUAUUCGAAAGAGAAUUCACAUGCUUGGAUGAUUGUGAGAAUUUGGGUAAUUAAUCCAAGUUUGUCUCUCUA